AUGUCCGGAUCGUGUGCUCCUUACUGGCUCGAGAACAUCAAGCACCAAGGCGUUGCAUCCUUCAAUCCCAACCCGAGCAACUACACGGUGUUCAGGAACGUGAAGGACUUCGGCGCUCGAGGCGAUGGACUUACGGAUGAUACCGCAGCUAUUCAGAGAGCUGUCACGCAGGGCAGUCGAUGCGGGCCCAGUGCUUGCGAGUCUUCGACCAACACCCCGGCAAUUGUUUACUUCCCUGAAGGCACAUAUCUGAUCUCUUCGAGUAUUAUCGAUUACUACUACACACAGAUCAUUGGCAACCCUAACUGUCUCCCUACUCUGCUAGCCACACCCAAUUUCACGGGUCUCGGUCUGAUUGAUGGCAGCCCAUACCUGGGCACUGGCACCCGUCCCGGACGGACUGGCUUCGGACCGACCAACACGUUCUUUCGCCAGAUCCGUAAUCUCGUUCUGGACAUGACUAAUAUCCCGGCCAAUGUCUCAGCAACUGGCAUACACUGGCCCACUGCACAGACGACCAGCCUCCAGAACAUCGUCUUCAAGAUGAACGCAGCUAAUGGUACUCAGCACCAGGGUCUGUUCAUUGAAGAGGGCUCUGGAGGCUUCAUGACCGAUCUCAUCUUCGAAGGCGGUAACUACGGCUUCAAUGUUGGCAAUCAGCAGUUCACUACUCGCAACUUGACCUUCAACAACGUUGUCACGGCCAUCAAUCAGCUUUGGGAUUGGGGCUGGACAUACUCUGGUGUAAAAAUCAACAACUGUCAGGUCGGAUUCAACGUCUCUGCUGGAGGUCCAUCAGCUGUCAAUGUUGGGUCCAUUACCCUCUUUGACAGCGAGAUCACCAACACACUGAUUGGCAUCGUCACUGCCAGGACUGACAACUCUGAGCCUACUACUGCUGGAAGCCUGUAUCUGGAAAACGUCAAGCUUAACAAUGUCGGCGUGGCUGUCGCUGGGCCAAACUCGACCUACCUCCAAGGUUCUACUGGUUCAAUGACUAUUGCCGCAUGGGCUGACGGUCACCGGUACCUGCCCAUGGGUCCUAUCGAAGCUCGAGGACCCACUGAGCCCAGUAAGAGACCGGCUGAGUUGCUCGAUGCUGCCGGAAACUUCUACACGCGUUCGAAGCCUCAGUAUGGUUCUGUUGCACUUUCUUCAUUCCUCAGCGCUCGUGACCUCGGUGCUGCUGGUGACGGCGUCACUGACGAUACUGCUGCUAUGAACGCUGCUUUGUUGCAGGCCAAGGCCGAGGGUAAGAUUCUCUUCGUAGAUGCUGGUUUCUACAAGGUCACAGGUACGAUCUACAUCCCUCCGGGCGCCAAAAUUGUCGGUGAAGCCCUCGCGUCUGUCAUCCUUUCGGCUGGCGAGUAUUUCAAUGACAUCAACAACCCCAAGCCUGUGGUCCAGGUUGCAAAGCCCGGCGAGCAAGGCUCGAUCGAGUGGUCAGACUUCUUCGUAAGCACACAAGGCCAACAAAAGGGAGCCAUCCUCAUUGAAUACAACCUGGGCUCCUACGAGGCUACUCCCGCCGGUCUGUGGGAUGUCCACACGCGUGUCGGUGGCUUCGCCGGCUCCGAUCUCCAGACCGAGCAGUGCGUGAAGACACCCGACACCAGGAUCACAUCCGCGAAUUUAGUCCAGGAGUGCAUUGCCGCAUACAUGUCCAUCCAUAUCACCAAGUUCGCCGCUGGCCUGUACAUGGAAAACAACUGGCUCUGGGUCGCAGACCACGAUCUCGACGACGCCAGCAACAGCAACACUCAGAUCACCAUCUACGCCGGCCGCGGCCUGCACAUUGAAAGCCAGCAUGGUACCAUUUGGCUAUGGGGCACAGCCGUUGAGCACCACGUGCUCUACGAAUAUCAAUUCAUCGACACGCGCAACGUCUUCAUGGGCCAGAUCCAGACCGAGACGGCGUACUACCAGCCCAAUCCCGACGCCACCAUUCCGUUCCCGCCGAACCCUGCCCUCAACGACCCCGUGUUUGCGCCUUUUGUCAACGGCACAGGGAACAGCACCGCAAGCACGGCAUCGGGAUGGGGUCUACGAAUCGUGCGUAGCAACAAUAUUCUCGGGUAUGGCGUGGGCUUGUACAGUUUCUUCGACAACUACAGCACUGCGUGCUCGGCGGUUGGCGCUGGAGCUGUCUGCCAGACCAGAAUCUUCAGCGUCGAAGGCGACAGGUUGAGUUACGACAUCGGUAUUUAUAACCUCAAUACUGUCGGUGCUACCAACAUGAUCACCAGAGACGGAGUGGAUCUGGCGAGCAAUGUCGAUAACAACAGCACGUUUGUGGAUACCAUCAAUAUGUUUAGGAUUGAUGCGUACGGGAGCCCGAGUCAGUCGCACAGCGAGUAG